AUGAACCAUCUUCCUGAUGAAAUUAUACUGCACAUUCUUCAUUUCAUUCCCGAUGAGGAGUGUUUCCAUUCUACAUGUUUCACACGAAAGCAUUGGGUUGUUGAUAUUUGGCCAAAACGUAAACAAGUUCUCUCUUUUAAUUAUCUUCCUGAAUUGGAUCGUUAUUUGCAUUCCGUAAAAAAUGUUUCUUCAUCGGCUUCAAAAACAAAAAUUGCAAAUAUUGGAUCUACUGCUGGUUCCAUCAACGCGUCAGCCACUGCAUCACACAUUGAAGAAAAAAAGGUCAAAAUUAUUGUUUUAUUUGAUGCUUUUGAAAAAUUUACAAAUUUAAAAGAAAUAUCACUUGUGAAUUGUGGAUUGAACGAUUCUAUUUUGGAAAAGAUUUGUACAAACUUUAAACGAAAACUUCUUAUAUUGAAUAUAUCAAAGAAUAAGAACUUGUCAUGGAGCAAUACUCAACGAUGUAUCAUGUUGUGUGAAAAUCUAAAGAAAUUGGACUGGUCCUAUAAUUUUCAAUCUCCCCCCAAUAUUCCACAACAACUACCAGGAGGAGGAGGCACUACCAAUAGUACUGAUAGAGACAAUGGUUCUACCGCACUGAACGAAUUGUGGGUUCAAACAGUGCAAUUUCCAAAGAGUAUCGAAUGGGUUAAUGUCUCUGGAUUUUUGAACCAAAUUCCAAACUUUGAACAUCUCUAUAUUUUGAUUGAACGAUUUUCUGAGGGAGCUUCAUUGAAAAGUAAUCCAUUUGAAGGCAUACAAAUUCCACAUAUUCGUGCUUUCGUUGCCAAUCAUUUGACUGACAUUUCGAUUAUCAAGACAGAGAAGUGUCAAAAAUUAAUGACUAUUUCCAUUCCAUCACUCAUGGAAAUGUAUCAUCAUUGCUUAAUUUAUUUGAAAUCAGCUGCAUUUUCCAUCAUUUAUGACGCUUUGCAUUUUAAUCCUAGUGAAGAUUUAAUUUAUGAAUGUAUUCUGAAAGGCCAUGUUCGAGUAUUGGAAUUAUUGGCCUCUGUCGACUAUACCAUUGACAAUAUUCCCAUUGAUGUCAUUGAACAAUCGAUUUUGAAUGGAAAUUGUUCUCUCAUUUCUAAGCUUCGAGUAUUGAAUUUUCACCAUUUCAAUGAUCUCUCAGACGAUUUGCUUAAUCAAUUAAUAUGUAAGGGAGAUACUUCAAGUAUUAUGGAGCUACGUACAUGCAAUUUGAAUCGUCAAAAGUGGGAUCAAAUUAAAUUAUCUUCAAUUGAGGAGGCCGUUCGUAACGGGUCGAAGGAUGUGUUGGAGCAUGUACGCAUGCUGAAUUUGACAGAUUUGUUGAACCAGGUUGCGGUAGAGCAUGUAGAGUAUUCUUUAGAGAAGGGCCACUCUGGAGUUUUGAAGCAACUCGCUCAUGCCAAUUAUCCUAAAUUUAAUGACCUUUCUCCACAUGUUUUGGCGAAUGUGAUCCUAAAAUCCCCUGCAUUAGAAUCCACUCUGAAAAAAGUUGGCUACUCCAAGUUGAAUCAAGUCAAAUCACUCAUGAAGCAAGCCAUUCAAGAAACCUCGGCAUCUACGGCCAGCACCACUCUCACCAAAUCACAGAAAAAGAAGAAAUAA